CAUCCUAUACAUUAAUGCAUAUUUUCCCCUCACAGUGAAGAAAAAAGAUGUUCCUUCUUCCCUCGUCCCACUUCAAUGAGUGACACCGGAGAAAGACAGAAAUAUGUGGAAAGUGGUAAACGAGAAAUCACGAUGGACUCCCCCUCCAAUUCUCAGAAAACGGUUUCUGAUGAUGACGAAAUAGACUACUCCGUGAAGCCGGAGUUGUAUGAUCCAGAGCUUGAUGAUAAAGAUGAGUUAUGGAUUCAGAAGAAAAGGAAAGGUCGUCACUCUGAUGCUGUCCUCAGCUGCCCAGCUUGUUUCACCACUCUCUCUCUCGACUGUCAAAGGCAUGAAAAAUACUUGACGCAGUACAGAGCAAUUUUUGUUGUUAAUUGCAAGGUUGGAAGUGAAUCUUUGUUGCAUUGUAGCAUUUCACAACCGAAAAGGGGCAAGAGACGAAGAGAAACAGAUGAGAGUGAAGUAAAUCUUGCUGUUGGUGAAACAUUCAAGCAAGUUAGUUGCAUGGUAUGCUCGACAGAGGUUGGGGUAAUGGAUGAGGAAGAAGUCUAUCAUUUCUUCAAUGUUCUUCCAAGUGAAUCUUGACCUGCUCAUUUUAUUUAAACAUACAUUGGAGGGAACCUGCAGUUCAGUUUUUUUCUAGUUAUUUGAAAUAUCGUAUCAUUCAAAUCCGAUUUGUUCUAAUUAAUUUUGGGGUAUAUGAUGCUGUUCACGCAUGAAAAUAGCAUGUAGUUUCUUCUGAUAUGAAGUAAAUGGCAUAUUAAGCUCCUUGUUGUGCAACAUAUUUCAGUAACUAUGAUUUUACCAUUUUACA